AUGACAACUACAACUAUACCACACACAAUACAAUCACAAAUCAUCAGAGAAUGUUUGUUGGAAUGUAAUACUAAAUCAUUGCCAACCAAUAGUCACGGAUUACAAUAUGUUUGUAAACGUUGGUUUCAAUUAGUAUCACAUCAACCUAGAACUAUUCUAGUCAAUGAACACAACGUAGAAAAGUUUCUAACGACUCUUGAAAGAAUGCAAUGUAUAGUUGGCACUACAACCACCACUGAUGAUCAAGAUUGUUGGAACCUUGCCAAGAAUGUGACAUACCUGAUAUGGGAUGCCGAUACUCUUGGUAUGGAUGAUGAAAUCGAGGAAGAGAAGGAAAUGAAAGGGAGAAUAUGCCGUCUGCUACAUAACUGCCCAACCAUCACACACAUCAAGACCAAUCAUCGGAGUCUGUCAUUGUUUGAAGUAGACGAUUGUCUUCCCAAGACCCUAGUCCACUUUGCUGCAGAGGCUGACCAAGACUCUUUCUAUGUUCGUGACUGUAGUCGUCUGGCCUGUGUCUACGAUCAACUAGCUAAAUGUCCAUCACUCGUAUCGGUCGACAUUGGUAUUUUCAGUCGUCUUUGUCGUGACCCAAUGGAAAUGGAGAAACAUUUCAACCAAUUCCUAGACAAAAAGAUCGUCGUCGUCGUCGUCGUCGUCCAGUCAAAUGACACACAUCAGCUAUGA